AUGGCGCGACGAGGCCCGGCGUCGGCGUUCGAAAGCGAGACCUUCGGGAAGGAUGCUUCUUUCAGACUGGAACAGCCCGUUGGGUCAAUGACCAUCUCUCCCAGUGGUCGGGAUGUCGCAUUGGCGUCCAAGGAGGGCCUACACAUCAUCGACCUUGACUCGCCCUACUCAGUCCCGCGGUAUCUGCCCCACAGAACUCCGUGGGAAGUGGCUGAUGUCCAAUGGUCUCCCUUUGCAGCACGCGACUAUUGGGUCGUCAGCACAUCAAACCAGAAAGCUCUAGUCUGGAAUCUUGACGCACGAUCGUGGCAGGACAGCAUUGAAUUCGUCCUUCAUGGUCAUACUAGAGCCAUUACCGACAUCAACUUCUCAGCGCAUAAUCCAGAUGUCCUCGCCACAUGCGCUGUAGACAGUUUUGUGCAUUGUUGGGACCUGCGAGCUCCGAUGCGCCCGGCUAAUUCCUUCUCAGAUUGGUUUGCUGGCGCAACGCAAGUCAAAUGGAGCCGUCAGGACGAACAUGUCGUGGCCAGUUCUCACGACAAAUUCCUCCACAUCUGGGAUUCUAGGCAUGGCGCAUACCCAGUAAGGACUAUUCAAGCACACGGAACGAAGAUUUAUGGAGUCGACUGGAACCGUCAUCAUGAAAACAAGAUUGUGACGUGCUCACUCGAUAGAACGAUCAAGUUUUGGGAUUUGGAUAUGGAAGAUAAUACGCCAGAGCGGGUCAUCGAAACACCUUUUCCUGUCUGGAGAGCCCGGCAUACCCCGUUUGGAUGGGGGCUUCUGGCCAUGCCACAACGUGGAAACAGUGACUUGCAUCUCUACGACCGUCGACCGGUCAAUGGGGUAUGGGAAAAUGGACGAGUCCGACCAGUUGCCACAUUCUCUGGCCACGAAGGUCAAGUCAAGGAGUUUCUGUGGCGGGCCCGGGGUGGUGUAGAUAAUAACGUCGACGACCGAGAUUUCCAACUAGUGUCUUGGGGCACUGAUCGAGAGCUAAGACUACAUGCUCUCGAUCCGGAGAUAUAUGCGGAUAUCGGGUACGAAAAGGGCAAGUCCAGAGUGCAAAGGCUUAACUUCACUAGAAGAGGCGCCGUUUAUCGCACAUUCCGGGAUGAGCCUGGAGAUGCAGAAUCUCCAUUUGAUCAAACACCGCGAAGCGAGAUGUUCCCCCGGCACAGUCACGUCAUGCAUUUCAGACCUCGGAGCAGCACAAAUGUAGGCAUGAACAAAAUGCCUGUAUCGCAAUUUCGAGGUUGGGUGCAAGGGGCUCGUCAAACACAGAGAUCAGGCAUGCAGGGGCGUGGAAACAAUCGUCAAAGCGCAGACCCGAUUGCGUGGCUGAAGAAUGUGAAAAUAUCUACCUGGGAUCCAGAUACUCUGGCAGAAGAGAUCCGGCAUGUUGGAGAGAAAUUCAAGAAGGUGGACUUUGAGGUUGUCGAUAUCUCUCAUCGCAAAGCCGUCAUGUCCUUGCAAGCCCCUUGGGGUGAGGAUCAGGAUCAAGUGUUCCUCAGGGUAGAGAUGCGUUUUCCCAAGUUGUACCCACGCAAUGCCAACGCAGUGCUUUCGCUGCAAAAGUCUGGAUUCCUGGACCCUGCAACACACCGGUUGAUAAGCACAGAACUGCGCACUAUUGCGGAGACUUAUGCCUCCAGGAAAAGGGGCUGCCUUGAGGCGGUUCUGAGAUAUCUCUUGCGGGAGCAGAAUCUUGAGCAAAUUGUCGCUUGGGUCCUUGACGAGCCGCUGACAGACUCAAAGAUCCUGGAAGAAAGCGCUAUAGCUGCGGAAGAAUCGAGUAGUGAUGACGAUGAUCCUUUGAUCGAUGGUGCCCGUGAAAGAUUGGAAGCAUCCGCCAAUGUCAUGGUGCCACUCGCAAAAGGUUGCGGUGCGGUGUGGUCAGAAACUGGAAAGCUUGUCUGUUUCUUUCCGACAAAAUCGAAGGAGCCAGUCUCUUUCUUGAGCACACUCGGGAUAAAGGGUCUCGAAGAGUCCGAGUCAAAUAGGCUGUUCGAAGGAUUUGGGCGUAUCCACGCCAGCUCACCAGCACGCAAGGCAACCAGCGGCAACCGAACUGCUGAUGAUGGUUCUGAUUCCGACACCUCUGAUUCUUCCUGGAAAUCUUCCAGCAGUUCCUCCUCUUCCUUUGAUACAGAACAAAAUGUCCGCGGCGUGCCUUCUUACCCUGUAGGCGUUGCUGGAAAGCAACAACGCUCACGAUCCCCUGAUCAUUCCAACCUUUCAACGACAGGAGCCAACAAAAUGAACGAGGGACCUCGAACGACAACUAUAUCGAUUCAUAGCUUUGAUGACUUGAUACCUUCCAAACGGCAGCUGGCGGAAGCGUACACCAUAAUCGGUGACCCCAAGGGAGUUUGCCAUCACAAUGCCAUAGUGGCCCGAAGUGCCUCUUUUGACGACCUAGCUUCUGUUUGGACAUUGCUCGGCCUUAUCCUCGACGAUUCCGUUCCCCUUGAGAUCAUUCACGGACUCAGCAAUUCCGCGGCCGAAGAUAUGACAGUUAUAGCUCGAGCUGCUGCAAAGACUCAGACAGUCAAAAGUGACAGUGAUGCAUUAGAUGCUGGGUUUCUUGGCAGAACGCUAUGGGGAAAUCAUCCCCUGAGCUCAACAUAUCUGCUACCUGCCAUAUUCGACCAUUAUGAGAGACUAGGAGAUGUUCAGAUGCUCGCCAUGAUGUCUUGCGUAUUUGCAACCGACCCGAACUACAACUUCAUCUCUGGGGUAGAACAUGGCUCGCAGCAACAUCUUGGAGUACCGCUCACAGAAUACUUUCCUUCAAGAGUCGUGGCUAAAGCCUCUUUGCUGGGUGAAGUAGGUCCUGAUGCCGACUCUUUGGUUAAUGCCACCAACGUAUUUUCUAGCAACAACGUGAGCACUGUUCCAUUGGCGAUGCAUCACAGAAUGAGGACACGGCCUGACUUCUCACGGCACGGUAGCGAACUCUCGACUCGUGCACAAAGUCUCGUUGACGAUGGCAGUGACUGGGGGCCAAAUUCUACCACAAUAUCUCUGUCAGCAUCGCCAGAAGGUAACAGGGGCCAUCGGGCAAGUUCGAGCGCUGCGUAUUCUUCUGCUCGAGCAAGCUUAUCAGCCUUAACUCAGUCUUACUCGCAGUCCCCGCCUGGUCAAAGUUCUGCUUCCGCAAUUGCUGCGGGCAUCAAAAAAUAUAGUCCUUCAGGAUCGCUGACGCCAGGGUGGGUGUCGACAAACUUAUUCGGGCACCAAGGUGGCAGCAGGUCGUCUCGUAUGUCUCUUCAAGGGAGCGACCAUGCUAGCCAAGACAGCCAACAGACAAAUCUGCGAUCGUCACAGUCGUCAGUGCAUCUACGGCAGUUUCAGAAAGCCAAUGUCAGAAACUUGAUGCCAAGUCGUCGCAGCGUUCAAUCUUUGACUAUGAGUGACGUGACAGAGCACCCGCAGUCGAAGAAAGCGCCUAGGCGCAAGAAGAUCAAAGUCAGCUUGUGGCAGCAGAAGAAGUUUGACCUUGAUGGGUAUUCACAAGCUCCGUUGUUGGACUCAUCUCUAAGCAAGAAAUGCAGUGCAUACCGAGCGUCUUAUGCGCAUCAACUCGAUGUAUGGCAGCUGUUCACGCAACGUGCUGAGAUGUUGAAACUUGAUAACUUGUCGCCCCAAUCCGACGGCACUCUCUGCGGAAUAUCGACCGUCAAACAAUCUAGCAAUGCCCACUUGUUGGAACGGCCAAGGAGGAGGGCAAUGGCUUCGCUAUCUCGAGAUACAAGUCCAGGUCUGGAGAUCCAAAGAUGCUGCCGCAACUGUGGAGAAUCGUUAGGCCCGAUUGAAAAGAACGGGGUCGCUAUCCGCUGGCAGUGUGUCAAUCAGCAUUGCAGAACCAUGGCUACCGGCACCUCAGCAACUUUGAAACCUCCAGGCACAAGUGCUUGUUCGAUCUGUAACGCAUCCAUUAAGGGGCUUGCAGUACCGUGCAUACAAUGUGGCCACAUGACGUGUUAUGAUUGUGCACAGGGCUGGUUCGGCCCGAAGCAAAUGAGCGAAGUCAGAUCGAGGAGACCUUCACAAGAGGAAGAACAAAAAGAGGCGGUGGAUACAGAAAGUACCACCAGUGGCGACCACGAUCAGAACACAUGUCCAACUGGCUGCGGGUGUUCUUGCUCAACGUUAACUAUGGUUGAUGUUCCGUAUCCUACUGGAAACGGCGGGACGCAAAAUUCUGUUCAAUCCUCGAUGGCUCACCAGGAUAGCCGUACUUUGAUUGGGAUGCAGAGAUCGCCCAGCAUCUUGACCAGUGCUGACUAUAGCUCGGAUAACACUCUCGCAUCUUUCCUUGCAUCAAAGCAGGGCCACCAGCGAACAAAAUCGGUAACUGCCGCACGCAGCAAAGCGCCUUCCGUGUCUAUGCAGCAAUCUCAAGAAGCCUAUGGCAUACAUAGCCAGUCAGGUGGAGAUAGCAACGGUGGUGAAGAUUUCGUGGAUCUAGGUGAUUUCGACCGGGUGCUUAAUGAAGAAGAUGACCGUCUGAAUCCAUGGGCAGGCAGUAAAGUCGCGGCCUUGGGGAGAGGAAUAGGAGGUGGACUUAGUCGUGGCCUGAGUUCCAAGGGAAGCGAUGCUACCAUCAGGAGACUCAAAUGA